ACCAUCAAAUUUCACAUUUAGCUUCCAUUUGCUGCUACUGGUGUAGGUGAGGAAGGAAGAAGGCUUGGUGGUAAGAUCUGGAUUUAUACUGACGUAUACAUUCUAUAGAUUGGAGAUCUUUUAAAGUUGGGAAACGAAGAGAAUGGACUGUUGGGAAUGAUUUUAAUACGUAUCCAUGGACACGAAAAUGGGUUUGACCAUUUUUAUAAAAAUCCGCCGUGGUGCACGAAUCCGGCUAUUUAAACCGACCGUGUGGAAACAUGGCAAAAGUUGUUUUUGCAGUCCUGAUUAUUUACGUCGUUCAAAACACCAUCGUUACUUUACAAUUUAUUUAUAUAAUAUAUUUUAUCUUCGUGCUCUGUGUUGUUUUGGUUUCACUAAUAACAAACCUGCAUUUGCAUAAAGCAUUUGUCCGUCGACAUGUUGAUUAUGGUAUUAAAAACAUAAGUCACGCGUUAACUCGUGACAAUCGUGCGAUUGAUUAAAUAUUUUAAUCGAUUGUCUAGAUCGAUUAAUCGUUAGUUUUGGCGUUAAAAUCGUUUGCAAUUCCUCUUCUUGUCGGCUGCAAUUCCUCGACUUGUCCCUAGAGGGCGGUCGAGAUCAAGCCUCUGCUCCCAUUAAAAAACAUGGCGGACAUGUCAAACGGAUGUAUACAACUAACUCGAGACACGUGGAUCGUGGGAUUGUCUGGUAAUUAAAAUUCUGCCCACGGUGUUAAAGGUUAGUAACAGUUACCACCCCGGUGUAGAUCGCUGGUUUUAGUUCAACAUUGAAGUUUAGGAGGGUUUACUGUGGGUGGAUUCGAACCGCGGCCAUGUGAGGGUCGAGAGCUGCUCCUGCUCCAUGGACUAACAGGGUUCUGAUGUGCUUCUCUGACCACCAUGCCGUAGAACUUCGUUAAUGGGGGUUCCCUACAAAAACGACUCCCAGGAUCUGAUUCAAUCCAAUAACGUCAUGGACAGUGGAACUGAUGGAGACAUGGAUGGAGAAACCCCAGGGACCAAAGUGCUUCAAGAGUCUAAUAACACACCUGAUGUGAUGUAUGAAGGACACACACCAGCCAGUCCUCAGGGUUCCUCCGAGACCCAGCAGGAGGUUUUACCCCUGCAGAACAAACCACGUAAAAGGGGGCGUCCAAGAAAAACAGUAAAAAACAGUGAAGACAACGGUCCGGUGGAAAUAAAGUCGGUUGCCAGUGAAGCACGUGUUGAUCACGACAGCUCUGCCAUUUCAGAAAGCUCGGAGAUGACUCCAUCUGGACGCCCUAAGAGAAGAGCGGCCAAAGCGGCCCUGGAGUACCUCCACAAUAUCAGCAAAGACCUCGAAAUAUCCGAAAUGUCCUUCGUGAGUAAAGAGCAAAAUGGGCUGGAGCAGCCAAGCAGUCCUUCCCCGAGAACCCCCUCAGGAAGAGGAAGGGGACGAGGAAGAGGAAGAGGAAGAGGAAGAGGGCAGAAACGGAACGCUCCGGACUACAACAGCAAUCCAAACGAUGACGACGACUUCGACCCCGGUGACCACGGCGAGGUGGAAAGUGAGGAGGAGGAUGAGGAUGAAGAUUACAAAGAUUCAGUGCCGUGUAAACAGCCAUAUAAAGUAAAGAAGCUGCCGUUUAACCACAAGGUGAUCGGAUAUAACGGGCUCGCCAGCUGUGUUAUGCAGCUUGUUUGGGAAUCCUUCAGGAAAACCAAAGAAUUCCGUGAUAAACAUUUCUCCUCGUGGGUGUUUCCUGACUGGAUUCCUUCACUCAGCGACUGGCACUUGCUGUCCUCCAGCGAAGCGGAAAAAUAUUUACCUCAGGAGAAGGAGUCGAUGGCUUUUACGCUAAGCCGCGAAGGACUCAAGGGACCGGAGAUGCUGCAGAGGGUGAAAAGGUUUGAAUCCACGGUGCCGAACCCAGAAAGAUGGGACUCGCUGUUCUUCGCCGGAGGCCCUGUCUGGGCCAUGGAGUGGUGUCCCGUCCCCGAAGGUGCCGCCCAUACACAAUAUGCAGCGGUUUAUUGCAACCGAAAUAUGGACGACCGGCACAAAAUGAACGCGCUUCACACCGAAGACGCUCUGCUCCAAGUGUGGGAUCUGGGAAAGCUAGGGAUGAGUCGCCCCUCGUCAUCCCCAAGCUUGGCCUACGCCCUGGCGGUGGACGAUGGUUGCAUCUGGAACAUGAAGUGGUGUCCUGCAGGAGCUUGGGAGCUUCCAACAACGGUCAGAAAGGCUCCUCAAGUGCCUCGGCUCGGACUGAUAGCCGCAGCAUUUUCCAAUGGACACGUCGGUGUUUUCAGUUUGCCGCAUCCAGAGCAUGUAAAUGGCGCCAGAGGUGGAAGCAGUCAGGCUUCACUGAUCUACAGGGUGCAGCGCAUCAUGAGCGUGAAAGUCGGAUCGAGCCAGGUGGAUCACAGCAGCCAGACCGGACUGUGUUUUGCUCUCGACUGGCUCCCAGUUAAACCACACAACAUCCUGGCUGCAGGUUUCUGUGAUGGUACGGUGGCUUUGUGGGAUCUCAGCACCAGGUCUCCUUUGCUUAGAGUCCGAUCUACGGACCGAUCUCUCUCGCUCUACCCGUACCACUGCUUUUUGGCUCACGACAACACCAUCCGCCGCCUCAGCUGGUGCAGGGCUUCCAGUGAGCUGAUGGUGACCGUAGGAGAUGAUCGCAUGGUCAAACUGUGGAACGUGACUAAAACCUGCACUCCUCUGAAGACAGUAAAGCGCUUCCUGCCCACUGAUGUGUCCUGGCCUUUGUUUUGGGCGGGGACUUUUCUCACUCAGGAGUCUUGCUAUGCCACGUCCGGCCAACAAGGACUUCACUACCUUGACUCAGGAUACUUCGGUCAGAAGCCUUUAUUUGUUUGUACAAGAAAAGCGACCGUAUGGAGCGUCUCCAUGUCCGACUGGAUGAACUCCUGUGUAAUGGGGGACAACAUUGGAGAGUUUGUUUGCUCAGUGCUCUGUGACCCAAACUGCAACUACAGCAACAGCAAGAGACAUCGAUUUCCGGUGUACAGGGCGGAGAUGGUGGAGUUCGAGCCUAGUCAGAAACAUCAGGAUGCUGAGCAAGAGGACGACCAGGAGAUGGAUGAAGGUGGCUUGAACCAGCAGGAGCCCCAGACCUACAGAGGCGCUGUGAGGAAAUACUACCUCCGCUUCCAUGACAUGGACCUUCAUGGUUCGGAUGUGCGUGGAAGAUCUUGCGUGGCCUGCUAAAGAUCACACUUCCUCACUUACAUGUACCUGAUUUACCACAAAACUGGAAUCGCACAGUUGUAUAGAAGGAACUAGGAGGACCCAAGCCUGUUCCACCAAGCCAGCACCAUGAAGAUCUGCUUUCCAUGGGUUGAAUGAAUGUACGUGGAAGAUCCCUACCGAACAGCUUCGAGAUGAAUUGGAACGCCGCUUUGGGCCGCCUCACGUCCUCACCUACAUUAAAUUAAAUCUUAAAUCUCAAAUUCUGGUGGAACAUCUUCCCAGAAGAUGGAAUGAGAUGCUGAAAAAGAAGCACAAAGCAAUCUUAUGGUCGGCUGUCCACAAACGUUUGUGCAUACAGUGCGAAAAAAAGCUCCCCUGCUUCAAUCAUGGUGUUUUCCUUUCUGCUCCAUGUUCCUCUCCAGGAUCUUCACGCUUCUGUGAACUCGUCUAUUUUGCACUCUCUCACACACACAUACUUCUGGAGUCAGGGUUGUUUGACUUGUGCUAAUUAACUACACCAAACCUGUGCUUUCAC